AUAAAUACCACAUAGGAGUUUGUCAUCUCAAGCAGCAAAUUAAGAAAGUCCUUGUUCAGGAAUCAGACUCAGAAAGAGAAAGAUAGAGAGAGUAAGAGUGAUAAAGGGGAUGGAAAAACUAAUUUUCAGUGGUCUAAUAAUGCUUGUGGUGUUAUUCACCACAGAACUUAGAGUAGCAUCCGCAAUUUGGCUGCGAGCUCAUGCAACUUUCUAUGGUGGAAGUGAUGCCACAGGAACAAUGGGUGGGGCAUGUGGGUAUGGAAAUCUGUACACUGAUGGUUAUGGAAUAAAAACAGCUGCAUUGAGUACUGCUUUGUUUAAUGAUGGCAAGUCAUGCGGUGGUUGCUAUCAGAUAGUUUGUGACGCAAGCCAAGUGCCCCAAUGGUGCCUCAGGGGCACUUCCAUCACAAUCACUGCCACAAAUUUCUGCCCUCCAAACUAUGCACUCCCUAGUGACAAUGGUGGUUGGUGUAAUCCUCCUAGACCACACUUUGACAUGUCUCAACCUGCCUUUGAGACCAUUGCCAAAUACAAGGCUGGCAUUGUUCCGAUUCUUUACAGAAAAGUUGGGUGCAAAAGAACUGGAGGCAUCAGAUUUACCAUCAAUGGGAGAGACUAUUUUGAACUAGUGCUUAUAAGCAACGUGGGAGGAGCAGGGGAUGUUUCAAGAGUUUGGAUCAAAGGGUCCAAAAUGAGUAACUGGGAACCCAUGUCAAGAAAUUGGGGAGCUAACUGGCAAAGCUUAAGCUAUCUCAAUGGUCAGAGCUUGUCCUUCAGAGUACAACUCAGCAAUGGAAGGAUUCGCACAGCUUAUAAUGUGGCACCCUCUACUUGGAGAUUUGGCCAGUCUUUCAUCAGCAAGGUUCAGUUCUGAAGGGGAGAAUACAUAUAAAUAUUACAAAGUAUUCUUCCACUUCAUCCAUUUUAUAAAUUAUAUAUCCAGUUUCUGAUUUGUUUCUCCAUGAUGUAUGUUAUAUUUGUAUGCUUUGCAAGGGGUUGUGGCUCAGCAAUUUUAGCAUUUUGCGAUGAGGCCCACCAACUUGGCUAAUGGUUUUUUUUUUCCUACUUGGGCAAAUAUGUAAGCCAAACAAGUGAAUCUAAUUACAAAUUGCAAUGAUUGAAAAAAAAAAACAGCUUGUAAUUCUAAUUUACCUUGUAAAAUGAUCUGCACACCUUGUAUUACUUUUUUCUUUGACAAUUAAGGCUAAUUACUCAGUA